UCAUGGGAGUCAUUAAGCGUGAAGGAGCUCAUCGAAAUUCAUGGGAAGGAGGUAUGGGAAUUCUUCCCGCUGGAAGCUCGACGGAAAUUCUUCAAUUUUGCUAUGAGGUUCUACAUCCCUAGAGAGCAACCACAUGCAGCACAGUUACGCUCUCCUCCUGAAUUCCGAGGGUUGUCCCAUCACGUCUUUGACGCUUACGUAGUUAUGUUCUUCCGUUAUCUCAAGACUAUCAAUGACAUUGAAACAAGUAUCGCUAGAAGUGAGGGCAACCAUGGGAGAUUCCCUUCACAUUUUCCUGAUGGUGCCGCUAUUGACGAUUAUCUGGUGGGUGAAGGCAUGAACUUCAUGCGCCGAUAUGGUCAACUGUAUCUAAUAAGACUCACUAUCGAAAGGCUAAGUACAAGUGAUCCCGUAUAUUUAGCAGGAGUAUCUCAAAGAAUAGUAGCUCAAACUCGUCGUCCUCCGCCUAUGUGGAAGGAGGAUCCCACAUGGGCUUGGUCGGAAGCUGAUGACUUGAAGUUGCUCUAUUCGCUUGAAGAAAAUGGCCUUGGUGAGCUCGUCGAGAGCGCGGCUCUGGUGGCAGGAGAUGCCCUACGCUGGCCCUCGUCUAGUAUCGCAAAUCCGAAAUUUCAAUCAUUUAUUUACGCUCGACUGCAGUGGUUGAUGAACGGCUUAGUUAGUAUCAGUAGAAUAUCUGGAGGAGUGGUAAAUCAUACGUAAAAUUAU